AUGUCCGUGCGCCCGAGCGCUGCCAGCGUACGCGCGAGCAGGAGCGGGGGCGCAGAGGUGCAUCGGCAGCGUGAGCAGCGGUGGGUCCAGGCGCUGGCAUCGACGCCUCCCGCGCAGGCGCGCAAGAGCAAGAAGGUUCGGAAGAUGGUCGUCGACGGCGUGCCGGCGUCGGUGCAGUACAUGGUGUGGGCGAUGGUGAUCGACAGCAGGGCGAAGCGCAUGGACGGGCUGUACCAAAAGCUCGCGGACCGCGAGAAGGUCGCCGCCGCCGCGGACAUCGAGCGCGACAUCCGGGCGUCGUAUGCGGACAAGCCGGAGCUGCAAGACGGGUCGCUCGCCAAGUUGCUCAAGGUAUACUUGACGAUAGUCCCGGAUGUCACGUACUCUAGAGGGCUUGUGUUGAUUGCGGCGCAGCUGUUGAUGCAAUCCCCAGAGGAAGACGCAUUCUGGAUAUUCGUUGCGCUCAUGGAAUCCCAUCUUCGGCCGUACUUCUUCAGUACCAGCGUGCAGCUGGAGGUCGAUGCAUCGCUCUUUGGCCGCGCGGUGGAGGCGAACGAGCCGGUUGUGGCGAAGAAGCUCUUUGGUGAUAUGGGCGUCAAGCCGAUCCAAGUCAUCCACACUUUGUUCACUACCGCUUUUGUCGAUGCACUCCCUCCGGACUACGUCGUCCGCCUUUGGGAUGUGUUCCUGUUCGAUGGCGUCUCCUUCCUUUUCCGUGCCGGGAUCGCUCUCUUCACGUGGAGCAAAGAGAAGAUCAUGCAAUGUACUUCUCCGGAUGCUGCCCUGGACAUGCUCUUCCAUCCCACGUCCCUCCCCGCCAACCCCGACGCUUUCAUCGACAUGUGCCUUUCGGUGAAGCUAAAGGACAGCGAUCUCCAGAAGCAACGUUCGAAGAUCGAGAGCCAAGUCCGGCGCCGCACGGCGCAGGCUCGUCCCUCACCGAUCUCGCCCACCACUCCGGCUACCAUCUAUUGA